AUGACUUUAACCAUGACCAGAAAAGUGAGCGAGUGUCAAGCAGAAACUGUUCAAUUUAUGCCAAUAGAAAAACUAGAAGGCGAGUGCAAGCAAGAAUCAGAAUUUUCUUCUGGAACCACUUUACUCAGGCGCGGCAAGAAACUUGAAGAUAAUAACAAUCUCACUGAUGAAGAUGUAGAGUACAUCAACUACAGAAAACUACUGAAAUAUGAAGAGGCACCUGUUUACUUGCAGCAUAAUCCUUACAUUACAGAUGGCUAUAGAAAGUUGUUGCCUACAAAAUUAUGCUGGGAAAGCAUAUUCUGGUGGACCAAUGAAACGAUGAAUAUAUGGACGCACAUAUUUGGCUUCUUUCUGCUUCUAUUCCUCACAAUUAACGACUUGGUCAUCAUAAACAUCCACGCAACAGUGACCGACAAAACCGUAGCCGCGAUAUUAUUCUCGUGUUUUCUUAUUUGUAUGGCUCUAUCGGCACUCUACCACACAUUCUCCUGUCGAUCUGAGCACGACUACAACACGUUUUUGAUGUACGACCUCUUCGGUAUCGCGUUGUCUUUGCUUGCGAUAUACACAUCUGGAGUAUACUACGCUUUUUGGUGCCAUCAUGAGCUGAAGGCGUUUUAUAUGCUGUCGGUGACAUUAAUAUUUGUAAUCGCUAUGGUGUUGCAAAUACCAAAGCUUCAAAUACCAUACACAGUCAAGAUGUGUGUAUUCAUAGGGUGGGCAGCCUAUGGAGUUCUCCCUACGUUACACUGGACCUAUGUCAUGGGAGGUUUCGAUAACCCCAUGGUUCAGAUAUUCUUCCCUAGAGUCAUAGGAAUGUAUGUUAUAAGUGGGACGGCAUUCGCGAUUUACGCCUUCAAGGUACCAGAACGCUGGUUCCCAGGUAAGGUGGACUACAUCGGCCACUCCCACCAAUGGUGGCAUGUUUUAGUUUUGGGCGCUCUCUAUUACUGGCAUAACUCAGCUAUGAUCUAUGUCCAGUAUCGAAUGAACCACGGCUGUGCUAACACUAUGAGAAUAUUC